GCAGCGGUGCCGGGCCCUCUCGCGUCUUCUGUAGGUAGCCGGCCUUCAGCUCCUGAACCCGGAAGGCCGAUCAGGAGCCGUGGGGCGGCCGAGCGCCGGGACCCUAUGCGGCCCGCCAUGGGCCCGCGCCGCCGGAGCCGCAAGCCCGAGGCCCCAACGAGACGCCCCGCGAGUCCGCCCCCCGGUACUCCGCGGCUGGGAGCCUCCCGAGGUUCUUCCUCACAGCGGCGGAGAAAUGUCUGGCUUAAGCAGAUCAAAAUGCUGCAGAAGAGUACAGACCUCUUGAUAAGGAAGCGCCCCUUCAGCCGCCUGACAAGAGAAAUAUGUAUGAAAUUCACACGCGGAGUGGACUUCAGUUGGCAAGCCCAGGCCCUGUUGGCCCUUCAAGAGGCAGCAGAAGCAUUUUUAGUUCACCUCUUUGAGGAUGCCUACCUUCUCUCCUUACACGCUGGGCGAGUCACUCUCUUCCCCAAGGAUGUGCAACUGGCCAGGAGGAUCCGCGGCAUUGAGGAAGGACUAGGCUGAGCUCCUGCAACGGUGUCUCUGGAUGUUACCUGGGACUCUCAGGAGCUGCAACUAGACCCAGUGGUGUCUGAGGUGCUACCUGGAUUUUGCUGUCUCUGAGCAGUGUGUGCAUGUUGCCCUUUAAAUUUUCUUUAUGAAGGAGAAGACUGCGUGUUUCCUCUGUAGCAGAGGUAUUAUAGGAGACAAUCAACACCGUUACAAAGACCUGAAAAGACUUAGUUGGUGUUUCUCAUAUGACUCUUAAAGGAUUUUGAAGACAUCAGAUCUGCCAUGUGAUAGGAAAAGAAUAUUUACUUAUUAUUUUAGAUCAUUCUAUACUACAUGCAUUUUUUACCAUGAGUAUAUUUGUACUUUUAUUGAAAAUGUAAGGGAAAAAUAAAAGAACACUGCCAUCUAUUGUA